CCUCGUGCUGACACCAGACCAAGCUGAGACGCUGCAGCGAACAGGGGCCAGUCGCGCGGCCUGGCUCGACCAGAUGCAAACUCUGGACAAGGUCGUCAUGGACCAGGUCGGGUUUGUGGUCGAUGGUCUGGACCACGUCAGUCACUUUACCGAUCUCAACGUCCGCGAAGUGUUUGCACGUGAGUUUGACGUGCUGGCGACUGCUCAACAGCAGCUGUUGGGUGCGAUCGAGGUGGCGCGACGCAGCCGCGGCCAGUUCAAGAAGGACAUCCUCGCCAAGCUCGAGAAGCGAACAUCCAAGGAUCUGCGGGAGCUUCAAUCCCAGCUCCUCGGUGUUUGGAACUACAAGGACGAGCCGAAUGCCGUCAACGCCCACGACAAGUGCGCGAUGCUCUAUCAGAUCAUCCAGCGCACGACACUGGAGGUGCUGCUGACCAAGGUGACAGACACCAUCCUUGUGGCAAUGGCCGAGGUCUCCCGUGACAACAACAAUGUCGAGCAUGUCGACGAAACGAAGGAAGAGCUUCGGCUUGAGCUGACGCAGCUGCGUAAAUCGACCGACAUGAUUGCCAAGCAGAUGGAAGCGAUGGCCAAGCAGAUGGAAGCGAUGAUGGCGCAGCAAGGCGACAUGGCAACACAGCAAGGUGCGAUCUUGUCGCUGCUCAGCACCACCGAGUCUCGUAGCGACGGUCUCUCUCCGAGCGCCUCGAUGCGUCGCAUGACUCGGCUAUAACAGCAAUUGAUGCAUACUAGUGUUCUCGUA